GCCAGCUCGCUCCCUCGCAAUCUCCAUUACUUGUCGACCCAUUGUUACCCGUCUCAUCGGAGCAGGCGAGGCGCUUCGGGCCUUCAAUCUUUCUAUGAACUCGGUGGAUCCAGCGCUUGUUUCUGUUGAUUCAUAGGAGUUAAUCUGGUCUGUUGGAAUUGGACACAACUCAAGGGCACAUGAGUAUUAUGCAGGUCGUAACUCAAGGGGUUACUUCUAGGGAAAUGGACGUAAGCGACAUAGAGAAGGGUUUAUGCAUUUGAAACCCCUGAACGAUCCGUAGCAGUUGCCGGUUUGUGGAAUUGGCCAUGAUGGCGGUUGCAUAUACAGCAGCAGUGAUGCCAACCGCCAUCAUUAAUUCCGAGACUGCAAGCCUCAAUGUAACGUCCAAAUUGAGCGUCAGGUCAAGAAUCUGCUCCUUCGCUAAAUGCAGUUAUUCCAGUUUAGGUUCUUGUGAAUCUUUUUUGGGAGGAACAAGAAUGGCGGACAGCUCUUGGAAUUUAUUCAGCUCUGGAAAACAGAGCUCGAGGAAAAUGUUGCUUUCCCCGCGGGCUAUCUCAGAUUAUCCAGUGGGUGGCGAUGCUUCUCUAUACUCGGUCGACGCCAGUCGGAGUGUGCUUGGUAUAAUUCUAGGUGGCGGAGCAGGGACACGUUUGUAUCCUUUGACCAAAAAGCGUGCCAAGCCAGCUGUGCCGAUAGGUGCCAAUUACCGUUUGAUUGAUAUACCAGUGAGUAACUGUAUCAACAGCAACAUCAAUAAAAUCUAUGUUCUCACUCAAUACAACUCUGCAUCGUUAAACAAGCACGUGUCUCGAGCAUAUGCUACCAACUUGGGGAGUUAUAGAAAUGAGGGUUUUGUAGAGAUUCUGGCUGCCCAGCAGAGUCAUGACAAUCCCAAUUGGUUCCAGGGAACUGCCGAUGCUGUGAGGCAGUACCUCUGGCUUUUCGAAGAAGCCCAGGUUAUGGACUACGUGAUUUUGGGAGGAGAUCACUUGUACAGAAUGGACUACCAAAAGUUCAUUCAAGUGCAUCGUGAUACUGGGGCUGAUAUUACAGUGGCGGCAUUACCCAUGGAUGAAGCCCGUGCUUCUGCAUUUGGGUUGAUGAAAAUUGAUGGCAAAGGUCGGAUUUACGAGUUUGCAGAGAAGCCCAAGGAAGAUGAACUUAGGGCAAUGCAGGUGGACACAACUGUAUUGGGUUUGGAUUCUGAGAGGGCCAAACUUAAAUCGUACAUUGCCAGUAUGGGUAUCUAUGUGGUACGCAAGGAGGCCAUGGUUUCAUUGCUUCGAAAGGAUUUUCCUGAGGCGAAUGAUUUCGGAAGUGAAGUGAUUCCUGGAGCCACGAAAAGCGGAAUGAAGGUGCAGGCCUACUUAUUUGAUGGCUACUGGGAAGAUAUUGGAACUAUUGAAGCUUUUUACAACGCAAACUUAGGAAUCACGAAGAAGCCCGUUCCUGAUUUUAGUUUCUAUGACAGGAUAUCUCCAAUUUACACACAGCCCCGAUUCCUUCCACCGUCAAAGAUGAUGGAUGCUGAUAUCAGAGACAGUGUCAUUGGGGAAGGUUGCAUUAUCCGGAAUGCUGCAAUUUAUCAUUCUUCCCUAGGCCUGCGCUCAUGGGUUUCAGAGGGUGCGGUUGUUGAAGAUACACUUCUUAUGGGUGCUGACUAUUAUGAAACAGAUCAGCAACGAAGGGAGCUGUUGUCUUCGGGUGGAAUACCCAUGGGUAUCGGGAGGAAUUCUAUCGUGAAGAGAGCCAUUGUUGACAAGAAUGCACGCAUUGGGGAGAACGUUCAGAUAGUGAAUGUAGAUAAUGUUCGAGAGGCAGAACGGGAGGCAGACGGUUUUUUCAUCAGAAGUGGUCUUGUAACAAUAUUUAAGGACGCAAUCAUUCCUGAUGGAACCAUUAUCUAGAGCUGUUCCUUCACUCCUUUGCAGUUUUCUUAGAGGUCUCAGGUACACCCCUAAAGGAUGCCCUUAGGUGGAGCAAUAUGUCCCUGCACUCAGAGGUGUAGGGUGUCUUGUUCCUUCAUCGUCUCAUGUACACGGGCGUUGUGCAAGAGGGUUGUUUCUGCCUACUCGCAUUUGGCAAUUACCUCUGGCCCAUUGUUUCUCACUUCCCACGAAAAAAUGUAACGUAUUCUAGUUGUAUAGGGUUAUUCAUGGUCUAGUUCUUUAAAGGAUCUGUAAAAUAGUAUAGGUUCAAAAGGUGAUACGGAACAGUCUCCAAUGGAGCUUCCUACACUCGCAUGUUUGUAAGUGCAUCAAUCUGACCUCUCAGCAGGCUUUUGUCCCGAUGACUAAGUAUAGUAAUCAGCUGGCCUCCAAUUGAAGGCUAUUCAUGCCCUGAGGGACUAAAUUAUUUA